AUGUCGGAGCCGGCUGACGCACCGUUCGAUGACGCACCGAUCGACGACGAGCCUCCCCAAGAACGUCCGGCCGGCGAGAGCUUCCAGUGUGCGGUGUGCUGGGAUGACACCUCGGCCGCCGGCGAGGCACGGCUGCCGUGCUGCGUUAUCCCGGCAGCCUCUUCGACCCGUUACUGCCACUCAUGCAUCGCUGUGAUCUGCGCGUCCGCACCCGGCAACGCGUCGCGCGACGCCGACGCAUCACCGUUGGCUGUUGUAGGCGCGGGCGGCGCCAUCGAGGAGGCUGACGCGGUGGACACGUGCACGCUGUGCCAGCAGCGCCACACCCUGCGGUAUGAGUGCGAGCAGUGCCGCCGCUUCCAGCGCAUCCCCCACCCAAUGUACCGCUACCAGCCGACGCCGCAGCAGUUCGGCGACGUGUCGCGCGUCCACCCCGAGGACGUCCUUGCGGUCCCCGCUGACGAUGCGCCCGAGGGCUGGGGAAUGCGCGAGGCGUGGUUCGACGCCGUGCGCGAGCAGCGGCGGCGAGAGGGGCGGGCCGGCCGCGAGCUGCGGCUCCUUCUCAUCGCCGCCGCCUUCCUGGCGGCCGCGGCCUUCGACCUGUCUACGCUGCCCCCGUGGGCGCGGUGGGCGGGCCUCGCCGUCGCGGGCGUGUACAGCUGGCGGCGCGUCUAUGUCGCGAACGGGCGCGUUCUCAACCCGCCGGCUUAG